GGUCAAAGUGGAGGCGUGUGUGCAACACAUCUCUACAGUGCAUCACUUAACAGCCGCCGAAUGUCUCCAUCCUCCAUCAGUACCAAUAGAUGCCGAUGCUUAUAUUAUCUAGAGAACGUCGUAUCCCAUGAUUUAAAAUAAAAUCUUCAAAUCAGUUUGAUUGUUCAUAAUGUCAAGCUUACUUAGUGUUGGGGUUGUUGUGCGUUGUUAUGGACGUAUGUAAAAUCCUGAAGAUUAUAAUAGGGUCAUUCUGACUUCACAAUUGGGAAAUAUGCGAAAAGACGUGAGGAUUCUGUUGGUUGGAGAACCCAAAGUGGGGAAGACGUCUCUGAUCAUGACACUUGUCAGUGAGGAGUUCCCAGCGGUGGUUCCUUACAGAGCUGAGGAGAUCACUAUACCAGCAGAUGUCACACCAGAGAGAGUCCCCACUCAUAUAGUGGACUACUCGGAAGCUGAACAGACAGAUGAACAACUGUAUCAAGAGAUAUCAAAAGCCAAUGUUAUAUGUAUAGUCUACUCCGUGAACAACAAGAAGUCUAUUGAGAAGGUGACAAGUCAUUGGAUUCCUUUGAUAAAUGAGAGAACAGACAAAGACAGCAGGGUUCCUCUGAUCCUUGUGGGGAAUAAAUCUGAUCUGGUUGAGCAUAGCAGUAUGGAGACUGUCCUUCCCAUCAUGAACAAAUACACAGAGAUAGAGACCUGUGUGGAGUGUUCAGCAAAGAAUCUGAAGAAUAUUUCGGAGUUAUUUUACUAUGCACAGAAGGCUGUCCUUCACCCUACAGGGCCUCUCUACUGUCCAGAGAAGAAAGAGAUGAGGUCUGCCUGUGUUCGGGCGUUGACACGUAUCUUUAAGGUGUCAGAUUUGGACAACGAUGGCAUUCUCAAUGAUCAUGAGCUCACCUUUUUUCAGAAAACUUGUUUCAACACCCCACUAGCCCCACAGGCCCUGGAGGAUGUAAAAAAUGUUGUGAGAAAAAACCUGUCAGAUGGAGUGCGUGAUAAUGGGCUCACUCUCAAAGGUUUCCUCUUCCUACAUACUCUCUUCAUCCAAAGAGGAAGGCAUGAGACAACGUGGGCUGUACUGCGGAGGUUUGGAUAUGAUGAUGAUCUUGAGCUGCAUCAGGACUACCUGUUUCCCCUGUUAAAAAUACCACCAGACUGCACCACAGAGCUCAAUCACAAUACUUACCUGUUCCUACAGAGUGUCUUUGACAAACAUGAUAAGGACAGAGACUGUGCAUUGUCCCCUGAAGAGCUUAUGGAUCUAUUUGAUGUUUUCCCGUACGUCCCCUGGGGACUGGAUGUGAACAGUACGGUUUGCACUAAUGACCAGGGCUGGAUCACAUACCAAGGCUAUCUCUCUCAGUGGACGUUAACGACUUACCUGGAUGUCCAACGAUGUCUGGAAUAUCUUGGUUACCUUGGCUACUCUAUCAUUGCUGAGCAGGAAUCUCAGGCAUCUGCCAUAACAGUGACCCGUGACAAGAAGCUGGACCUUAAGAAGAAACAGACACAACGGAAUGUAUUUCGCUGUCAUGCGUUUGGAAUAACUGGAAGUGGCAAAACUGGUUUCCUGCAGGGCUUCCUCGGCAGAAACCUUGUGCGUCAGAAGGCCAUAAAAGAAGAACACAGAUCAUAUUAUGCAAUCAGCACUGCACAUGUGUACGGACAGGAGAAGUACUUGUUGCUCCAUGAAAUCUUUCCAGAUUUUGAUUUCCUGUCUGAGACUGAACUUUCAUGUGACAUUGUGUGUCUGAUCUAUGAUGUCAGCAACCCUUGCUCUUUUGAGUACUGUGCACGAAUCUUCAAGCAAUACUUUAUGGAUAGUAAGACUCCAUGCAUGUUGAUUGCUGCAAAGUCAGACCUGCCAGAAACAAAGCAGCAAUACUGUAUGACUCCACUGGAAUUCUGUCGCAAGCACAAGAUGCCGCCGCCUCAGUCCUACACCUGUAACACAGCUGCGGCUCCCAGCAAAGACAUCUUCAUCAAACUCACCACCAUGGCUGUGUAUCCCCAUGCGCGUCUGCGCUGCAUGUGUACCUGUAACAGGUGUACCUUCUGUCUGUGUCAGAACUUCCUGAACUCUGAGCUCGUGCAGACGGUUCGGACCAAACUCUACACUGUCAUCUUUAGCAGGCAUAUUACCCAUGCUGACCUGAAGAGCUCUACGUUUUGGCUCAGAGCGAGUGUUGGAGCCACAGUUUGUGCUAUGCUUGGCUUUGCAAUGUACAGAGCCCUCCUUAGACCUCGAUGAGCAGACCCAAAAACUUACUUCCUUCAUUUCCUGUCUACCCUAGUUAUUUCCCAUGUACAGGGAAAACCAAUAGAAAUAUUUAGUUUUUAAAAAGAAAUAUAACAGCUAUGUUACUUUAUGCUUUCUAUUUAAUUAUUACUGUAGUAUGUAUAUUCCCAGGUCUUGGGACUCGAUGUGAGACUGAAAACUAGAAUGUUUUUUAUUUACAGUUUAUGCAAGCAAACUGUAAAUAUGUAAAUGAGAGAAAAUAUUUAUUUGUUACAAAGUGACAUUACAAAGAUAUAGCAUUCAUAUUUAAAGCCAACAAAUGCAACACUUUGCUCUCACUUUUGUCUCUAAAUGUCUGAUGGACAGUUUGCAGUCCAAAAUCAACCAAGUGUGAGACAGGAAGUCACAUCUUCUGCUUGUGUAAAUGCCAGGCUGAAAUGCCACUCAACCGUGUAUAAGUUAUUUGCAUGCUUUAAUAUUUGACAAAUGUCUGAACAGAACAAUGAUGUGAAAGUUUGUCAGUUUCCGCCUUUUCCAACAUUUCAAUAAACAGGUCCUUCAACAAUGUAUUUUUGUGAAAUCACAACACUUUUUUUUUUAAUGCAGAGAAUGUGCAGACAGUGGGAAAAACACUGUUGCCAGUAUAUCACAAAAUACUUUAUCUUUUAUCAGAACUAUUUUGUGCUACAGACAAAAAAGCAGAUCAUUUCUCUAUAAAA